AUGAAGAUUAGACAGCGCACAAUCUGUCAUACGUGUAGAGCAAGGAAGCUUGCUUGCGACGGACGAUCGCCAUCCUGUUCCCAGUGUCUUAAAAGCAGCCGCGAGUGUGGUGGAUAUCAAUAUGACUUGAUAUUCGCGGAUCCACAAACUACGGGCCGAAGGACAGCCGGGAGAAAACGAAUUACAUUGUCCGAAGUCGCCGUUGAGCCUCGUCUGCCCACUCCGGGUAUUGGUCAACCUCUCUCCUGGCCGAUGAAUGACAUUCUGUCGCUGGUCGUUCAAAACUUUAUACCCCGGCGCGAUGAAACGAAUGCAAAGAGCCAGGGUCUCACAGCUCCAUCCAGAGUAUGUGGCUCUUGGAUUGAAGUGGUACCAGACCUCAAGACGUCCGGACCAAACGGUCACGCACUCACGUCUUCUAUCAAGGCAUUUGCAGUUGCCCUUACAACUUGCAGAAGGCCUCUUGGAGCCCCUAUUGUUGAUGCCUUGGCGGCGCACGGAACUGCUCUCAGUUCCCUUCAACAAGCCUUGACAAGAGGUCGGAAUGAAGGCCCGGAUGAGCUGUCAGCCGCAAUCAUGUUUUUAUUCUUAUCCGAGAUAAUGGUGCCUGCAUGCGGUAGUUACGGAGCUCACAUUGGAGGAAUUUCGCGUCUGAUGCUAUCCCGAGGACCAGCUUAUUACGCCAACGGGACAUCCCAUAGAAUCUUUAUAGGGUGUCGCCCUUCACAGAUCAUAUGUUUUAUAUUAUACCGCAGGGCGUGUUUUCUGGAGGCAGCUGAGUGGUGCACGAUUCCCUUUCAAACCUCACCGGCGGAGCCUCUCCAGGAGCUGAUGUCCAUAGGGGCGUGCAUACCGUCACUGCUCCAAGCUAUAGACCAGCUGGAGGCUACUUCAAAGCAGCACGGCCAUUUUUCCGCUUGCAUCGACAAGCUUUUGGAUAUCAUACGGCGACUGGACUGCUGGCGUUACUCGUACUCGGCAAACUUGAGUUCCACGUAUGGGCGUGAUUUUGUAGCACCUCCUGCGUCGGAGGAUAUCUGGUACCCAGAUAUUACUGUAGCCAACAGCCUGACUCACUACUGGGCUUUUUGGAUCAUAUGUGCGGUAUACGCCAUCCAACUGGAUUCCGGCGGCAUUUGGUCAGGGCGAUUAGGCGAAGCAAAUGUAGUACAGCAAGAAGCCAUCAGAUCAAAGUCAAAUUUGAUAAUGAGGAGCGUUGAAUACCUUACUCAAAAAAAAAUGAAACUAUUCGGCGCGACCUCCCUGGGCCUUCCGGGCAAGGUUGCAUAUGAAUACUCUCAGCAAGCCGGUGAUUUGAAUUCCGUGACUUUUUCCAACAAAGUCAUCAAAAAUAUCAGCGAGAAAGGGUAUUCCUAUCUCAAUGCGUUUAUCCAAUCCGACUUCAAGAUAUUGCCUCUGUCCACCCCGAGACACCAGAAUGGCGACCAACGAGGGAGAACAAUCAGCAACUCAACCGCAUUACAAUUGAAGGCCCAAGAAGAACGGGAAAUCAGAUGA